UUUUAGAUAGAUUUCAGGGUUGUGGUUGUUGGUCCUGAUUAGGGUUGGAUUUGGGGCUGAGAGAUGAGUUGCUUUUCUUGCAUGACCUAUCGUCAGAAGUAAGCUGGAAGGAGGCUCAGUGAUGGCACGAUGCCCUGGUCCUUGUCCGGGCUCGGUGAUUCCUUAGGUAUGCCGAAGUGUUUUGAAUCCUUUUCUUGCCAAAAAAUCGCAGUAUUUCCUCUUUGGCAUGCCAAAUUCUUUAAAUUUUAAGGACACCCUUAUGUUCUUUAGGUAUGCUGGCAUUCAUCACUUCCUUUUUCUGUAAGAUUAUUUUGAUUUUUUUUCUUGGGCAAAAAAUUUAAAUCCGCCUCCCCCUUUGGCAUCCCAGUUUCUUUUUACUUUGAACUUCAAGUUGUCUAAUUUGAUUGGGGAAGGGGGUUUUGGGAGGGUCUUUAAGGGGUUCUUGGAAUCAGGCCAGGUUGUAGCAAUCAAGCAGCUGAAUCACAAUGGGCUGCAGGGGAGCAAUGAAUUCCUGGUCGAGGUUCUAAUGUUGAUAAUGUUGCACCAUCCAAAUCUUGUCAGCUUAUGUGGAUAUUGUGCUGAGGGAGCUGAGAUGCUGUUGGUUUAUGAGUACUUGCCACAUGGUAGCUUGGAAGAUCACUUAUGUGAUCUGCCACCUAACAAAGAAGCACUAGAUUGGAACACACAGGUAAAGAUUGCUGUUGGUGCUGCAAAAGGGCUCGCCUAUUUGUAUGAUGUGGUUAACCCACCUGAUAUUUAUCGUGACUUAAAAUCUGCUAACGUAUUGUUAGAUAAUGAUUUCAACCCUAAGCUCUCUGAUUUUGGACCCACGAAGCUUGGACUUGUUGGUGACAAAACUCAUGUUUCAACAAGGGUGGUGGGAACUUACGGAUAUUGUGCUCCUGAUUAUGCUAUGAGUGGGAAGCUGACUGGUGUGGUUCUGUUAGAGCUGAUCACCGGUAAAAGGGUGUUUGACUUUUCCAAGAAGUUGGGGAAGCAGAAUUUAAUUUCAUGGGAGGAGGUUCAUUCAAUUGGCUGAUCCAUUACUGCAUGGGCGCUACCCGAUCUGUGCCUUUUACCAGCUAUCGGUUGUCACCUCAUUGUGUCUUCAUGAGCAGCCUCAAAUGCGCCCCACCAUGCGUGAUGUAGCUGUUGCCCUCAAUCAUGUGGCAUCUCUGCCCUACAUGUUACAGAAUGGCCAAAAGGACAGCUCCCCCUCCUCCAGCACCACCACUGCACAAGGCUGCCAGUGCUCCUGUUACAACAAUAGGUGAUGGUUUAAAGGGUUAAUCAUUUGCGUACUAAUGGUAAACUGGUUUAUCCUAACUGAAAGCUGCAAGCAGAUGCUUAUGCCAUUGAAUUGACUACCACAGGAUCUGCUAAACAAAUGCAAAGAUCAGAUGUAAUGUUGCAUCGUCAUAUGCAUCAGAAGCAAGUAAAUAUGUGUAGCUGUUCAUGCAUGCACUGGUUUUUUCGAUACUCAAGACUGAUUCCGGUUUAUGCUUCUUCUGCGGUUUACCAAGACUGCGUACGAAAAUGUUCUCAGAUAUGGCGUGCAGAAUCAUAUGUUGAAGCGCUGGUUCUGCUCAAGCUUUUCUUCUUUUUUUUUUUUUGUGCGUGUGAGAGAGGGAGACCUUCUCUGUAUUAGUGCGGAUCUGAAUUUUUGUUCUUUGAAGGAAAGUUCAAAAAAUGGUGGGAGGAACUGCAGUUCGGGAGCGAAUGGAAGAAUUGCAGUCCUCUCUCUCUUUUAUUGAUUUUAUUCUGUAGAUUAACAUCAUUAUAUUUGAUUUGCAAUGAUGUAUUUAUGCUCUCCCUCUUUAAA